AUGGCGUUGGAGAUCCCCCCGCCCAUCAAGGGCGCGGGUCUCACACCCUUUAUCCUUCGCGCGAGACAGCUCGAGACCGCGAAGCCAGUCGUAUCAUAUUGGUGUCUCUACUGGGCCGUAAACCAGAUCCUCGGCAAGGGCUUGCACAAUGUCGACCAGCAGUGCCUCGAGUUUACUACAAACCUCAUGGACCAGCUCGAGCAGACAAAGACUGCCAACGCCGACAAUGACGCCGUCACCGACGACCUUGCCGGUCAGGCCUACGUCGAGCAGUUUGCGCAGGAGACCUUCGACCGUGCCCAACGGACGCUCAAGGCCGACAAGGUGACCCAGCAAACCGCCGUCACGUUCGAGGCUGCUGCGACCUUCUUCCAGCUCACCAACAUUUGGGGUCAAGCCGAGCCCGAGACUCAAGAAAAGGUCAAGUACGCAAAGUGGAACGCGGCGCGAAUCCUCAAGGCCAUCAAAGCCGGCGAAGACCCGAACCUGUCAAACCCAAAGCAGGAGGAACCGGCUCAGGAGCAGGAGCUCGAAGUCACCCUGGAUCCGAACGAUCCCGAAGUCAAGGCAAUCGGUGAUGCGGCGCAGCCUCGGUCCGUCCAGAUCGAGGACGUGCCGGACGACGGGAGCUACAACAGGCUAAUGAGGCCGUCGCCACAGCCAUCCCCCGGUCCCGUAUCGGAACCAACCUCUCCACCGCCAUCCUCGGCCCCGGCGCCCGACCAAGUCUCACCAAUCCUGCCCUCUGAUCAAGCCUCUGCCGAGCCGGAGGGUUACUUUCCCAAGUCGACAUCCGGAUACGAAGAAGACGAUCCUCCGUUCUCGCUGCCGUCUGCGCCCUCUAUGCCCGCGGGUGGCAUCCCCAGCCCGAGCAGUCACGAUCCUGGUGUGCCCAUGAUUCCCAGUCCUCCCUCGACGAGGCCCAACGUCGAUAUAGACCAGCCGGCUUUCCAGCCAGAUACCCCGUCAGCACCGCAGGACUUUUACAAGGCGAAAUCAGCACCGCCUCCAGCUCAUCAACCAUCAGCACCGGUGGCGCCCGCGAAUGUCGUUCCCACGGCCCACCGACCGCAGGCACAAGCGACUCGGUCUCAUGGCCCCACGGUGCCGGUGGCCACGGGGGUUAUCGACGACGUGGCAAUGGCGCAAGCCCAGAAGCACGCCAAGUGGGCGAUAUCUGCUUUGAAUUUUGAGGAUGUGCCCACGGCAAUCAGAGAAUUGAGAGCUGCGCUGGCUACCUUGGGAGCCCAGUAG